ACCCGGAAGUGACGUGAGGCCCCCCCUGCUCGUGUUUCUGUUGCUGCGCGUGAAGAUCCCUCCGCCGAGUGAAGGCGGCGGUUCGCGACGGAGCGGGGCGAGCGACGCGGAGGGACUAUUUUUAUCUUAUAUUUAAAUAUAAAUCGUUAUAAUCUAAACGGAUUUUUUGUUUGUUAACAAUUUGAUUUUAAAAUCUCACCCGAAAGUCUUCUCGUCGCGAUGGGGCCCGACUUUUACGCGGCGCUCGGCCUCGCGCGGAGCGCCACGGACGCGGACGUGAAGAAAGCGUAUCGGCGCUUGGCCCUGAAGUUACACCCCAACAAGUGCAGCGAUGUGGGGGCAGCGGAGACCCUGCUGCUCGUAUCGGAGGCUUACGAAGUCCUUAGCAACGCGCAGAGAAGAGCCGUCUAUGACCAGUUUGGGCCCGAGGGCCUGAACGACGGCGCCCCGCUGGAGGACGGCAAGUGGACGGAGCCCUACGCCUUCCACGGGGACUCCCGCAAGACCUUCCGCGAGUUCUUCGGCGGAGAGAACCCCUUCUCCGAGCUCUUUGUGGGAGAGGCGGGCGCACCGUGGCGGGGCCGGCACGGCACGGCGGGGCGGCGUGAGGACCCUGCCGUGGUGCGCGACCUGCCGCUCUCCCUGGAGGACCUCCACCGUGGCUGCACCAAGAAGAUGAAAAUCUCUCGCAGGGUCAUGAACGAGGAUGGCCACACGUCGAGCAUCCGCGACAAGAUCCUGAGCAUCACGGUGAGGCCCGGCUGGAGGUCGGGCACGCGGAUCACCUUCCCCAGGGAGGGCGACCAGGGCCCCAACAACAUCCCGGCCGACAUCAUCUUCGUCGUCAAGGAGAAGCCGCACUCGCGGUUCCAGCGCCAUGGCGACAACCUCGUCCAGACCGUGCGCAUCUCUCUCAGCAAGGCUCUGACUGGCUGUACAGUCGAAGUGGACACGCUGGAUGGCCGGAAAAUAAACGUGCCCAUUAACGACAUCGUUCACCCCGCGUACACGAAGACGAUCCCCGGGGAGGGGAUGCCGCUGUCGCUGGACCCCGAGCAGCGAGGGCUCCUCCUCAUCCACUUCGAUGUCGUCUUCCCCGUGCGGCUCAGCGCCGCCGACAAACUCCUCAUCCAGCAGGCGCUGCCCACGCACUGCUAGGACACCACCACCGUCGCCACCACCACCGUCGCCACCACCACCACCGUCACCACCACCGUCACUACCACCAUCGUCACCACCACCAUCGUCACCA